GUUCCACAAGAAGGAAAAUUUCCUAGAUCAAAAUACACUAAUGGCAGGCAGGACCGUAUGGAUCGCACCUUGGGGAGGUAAGGCUGGAACCGAAUCGGGGGAAUUCAUAAUACCUGAUGGUGCUCGUCUUACCAAGAUAGAUAUUAGGAGUGGAGAAGCUAUAGAUUUCAUCCGCUUCACUUACAAGGAUCAAUCUGGCACAGACCAUUCUGAAACAUUCGGUAGCGAGGCCGGUGGCUCGUUUCAUAAGAUCACCUUCAAUGAAAACGAGUACCUCAUCACAAUUAGUGGACGUGUUGGAUCAUAUGCUGGCAUCACCUUGGUUACAUCACUGACUUUCCAGACCAACUUAAGAACUUAUGGGCCAUACGGCACAAACCCGGGGACUGACUUUUCGCUUGGGGUCUCAAGCGGUAAGUUUUCGGGGUUCUAUGCAAAGUACGGGGAUUACUUGGACUCUUUGGGUGUUAUUCUUCAGCCGUAAGAUGAUAUAUAUACAGCAGCAUGCAUGCAUGCAUGUUGUGUUUGAUGCAUGGAAACAAAUGUUAAAUGUAUUCUAAAUGUGG